UUCGCCAUAUCCUCGUUCUGUGACGAAUAAGAUCUAGGAUCGGAUCGCUUCGUCAUUUUCGAGCGGUGAAGCGAGAUGGGACACCUGAAUCUGCCUGCUUCGAAGCGAGGCUCCCGUCAAUGGCGGCUCCUCGACAUCGUCUCCGCUGCCUUCUUCGCCAUCGUCUUCCUCUUCUUCCUCCUCAUCUUCACUCCCCUCGGCGAUUCCAUGGCGGCUUCCGGGCGCCAGGCUCUGCUGCUCUCGACGGCCUCCGAUCCGGCUCAGCGGCAACGCCUCGUGGCGCUUGUGGAGGCUGGUCAGCAUCAGCAGCCGAUUGAGUACUGUUCGUCGGAAGCCGUCGAUCACAUGCCAUGCGAGGAUCCUCGGAGGAACAGUCAGCUUAGUCGAGAGAUGAAUUUCUAUCGGGAGAGACAUUGUCCGUUGCCUGAGGAGACUCCUCUCUGCUUGAUUCCUCCUCCUCCUGGCUAUAAGAUUCCGGUUCGGUGGCCAGACAGCUUGCAUAAGAUUUGGCAUGCAAACAUGCCGUACAACAAAAUUGCUGACAGGAAAGGUCACCAAGGGUGGAUGAAAAGGGAAGGGGAAUACUUCAUUUUCCCAGGCGGUGGCACCAUGUUCCCUGGCGGGGCUGGCCAAUACAUUGAAAAACUCGGGCAGUAUAUUCCCAUAAGCGGAGGAACCCUUAGAACAGCCCUCGACAUGGGUUGCGGGGUAGCAAGCUUUGGAGGCACUCUACUGUCUCAAGGCAUUCUAGCCAUCUCAUUUGCUCCAAGAGACUCGCAUAAAGCACAGAUUCAGUUUGCGUUGGAAAGAGGGAUACCUGCAUUUGUUGCCAUGCUUGGCACUCGUAGACUCCCUUUUCCCGCAUUCUCUUUUGACCUGGUGCAUUGUUCUCGGUGCUUGAUCCCUUUUACGGCUCACAAUGCCACUUACUUCAUCGAAGUGGACAGAUUGCUUCGCCCGGGAGGAUAUGUAGUAAUCUCUGGCCCACCUGUACAAUGGCCUAAACAAGACAAAGAAUGGGCUGAUCUUCAGGCUGCGGCUAGAGCUUUGUGUUAUGAGCUGAUUGCUGUGGAUGGAAACACAGUGAUCUGGAAGAAGCCUGUUGGAGAUUCGUGUCUCCCCAGCCAGAACGAGUUCGGACUUGAGUUGUGUGAUGAGUCAGUGGCCCCAAGCGAUGCAUGGUACUAUAAACUGAAGAAGUGUGUCACCAGGGCAUCUUCUGUCAAAGGACAAUACGCUUUGGGGGCUAUACCCAAGUGGCCGGACAGGCUCACUAAAGCUCCUUCUAGGGCCGUCGUCGUGAAAAAUGGAUUAGAUGUCUUUGAGGCGGAUGCUAGGCGGUGGGCAAGACGUGUUGCUUAUUACAAGAACUCUCUGAACUUGGAACUCGGAACUCCAUCUGUUCGCAAUGUCAUGGACAUGAACGCCUUCCUUGGAGGCUUUGCAGCAUCACUUGCAUCUGAUCCUGUGUGGGUGAUGAACGUCAUUCCGGCUCGAAACCCAUUAACUCUUGAUGUGAUCUACGACAGAGGUCUCAUCGGUGCUUAUCACGAUUGGUGCGAGCCCUUCUCAACGUAUCCUCGUACAUAUGAUUUCAUCCAUGUAUCUGGAAUCGAAUCACUUAUAAGACAACCGAGGUCAAGCAAGACCAGGUGUAGCUUAGUAGAUUUAAUGGUGGAGAUGGACAGAAUCUUGCGCCCAGAAGGAACAGUUUUGAUUAGAGACUCUCCGGAAGUAAUAGACAAAGUGGAAAGCAUCGCUCGUGCUGUAAGAUGGUCCUCUUCUAUACACGAGAAAGAACCUGGUUCCCAUGGAAGAGAGAAAAUCCUCAUCGCCACCAAAUCUCCUUGGAAUUUGCCUUCAAACUCACACUGAAAAAAAAAAACAUACUUGAGGAGAAACAAAACACAAGGUCUCUCUCUCUCUCUCUCUCUCUCUCUGUUGCAGGUGAAGGUUUUCUCUUCCAAAGUCUAUCUUGUCUUGUCUUUUUGCUAGGACACAUCUGGUGAGGCCUUGCUUGUAGAAUACACGGUCUUGUUCUCAAGCUUUUGUGUAGUAGCAUUGGCCCUAUAGUAAUCAUAAUGCUCUCCUCUGUUAAUUCUUUUACUCGUACGAGGUUAUGUUAAUGAUGUUCUAUCUACUCUGCUAUACAUACCUAUGUAUGUAUGUAUGUAUGUAUGUACGUGCGUACGUACGUAUGCAACUAUGCAUAUAUUAUGGAUGGAUGGACAUGAACUAGAUAUUUUUGUUUCA